ACCCAAAUCUGAACGAUAUAUGGUUACUUUAUAGAUUCUAGAAUAUGAUACAAAACUGACCGAACCCGAUGUGUUACGAAUAUCUCUCUCAUAUAAGAUUAAAAUUUAUUAUUUAAUUAAUUUUUGUUAAUUUUACUAAAUAAUAUAAAUUUAUAAAUUUUACAUUAAUAUUUUUAUUUUUUAAGAAUUUUUUGUAGACGUGGCAUUUUUAUUAGCAAAAUUAGCUGUGGUAGUAUCUACAUCAGCAAAAUUAGAUGACAUAGCAGCUGAUCAUGUGGCGACUGGUAUAUGAUUUCGCCAAAAAGACAAACAACAUGUGUGUUAUUUAAAAUUUUUGAAACUUCAGGUGUGUUUUUGCACGGUGGUAUAAGUCGGGUAUGAAUUGAACAUAUCACGAUAUAUUGGGUAUGCAAUGGUUUUUUUUUAAUUAAACAUUAACCUUGAAUCAUUGAUCUCCAAAAUUUGUAGAGACUUUUUACAAUACAAACCCCAAAAAUAUGAAAAUUUUGUUAAGGUUUUUAAGAAAUGUUUAUUCCAAAAAUCUCAUGCAGUAAUAGUAAGCAGAAAGACAUAUGAAUGAACAAAUUAAUCUAUGGCUGCAAAAUCGUUGGUCUGACUAAUGAUUCCAUUAAAAAAAAGAAUUAGUUGGUUUUGCUCCAAUGUAUGUCUCAAUAUUUUUUUCUAAAAUUGAAAUUUCAAUUAUAGAGAUGGAUUUUAUCUAAGUGCAUCUCCAAUGUAUACUUUUAUAUUUUCUUCUAAAAUAGAAAUCUCUAUUAUAGAGGUAGAACUGCUCGAAUGCAUGCAUCUAUAAUAGAGUUCAUCUAUUUUAGACAAAAAUAUAGAGAAAUAUUUUUUGUCUCUAUAUUUAGAGGUGAAAAUAUCAUAUGAGGUGAUAAUAUCAUAUCUCUAUAUUUUCUCCUAUAAAUAGAGAAAUUCUAUUAUAGAGGCAUACAUUGGAGAAAAUCCACCUCUAUAAUAGAAUUUCUCCAUUUUAGAAGAAAAUAUAAAGAUAGAAAUAGAGAUGAGUUGGAGAUGGUCUAAUGUAUGGCUUUAUAAUAGAGUUUUUCUAUUUUAGAGAAAAAUAUAGAGGAAUACUACUUUUUGUCUCUAUAUUUAGAGAUGAAAAUAACAUUUUUGUCUCUAUUUUUUUUAUAAAUAGAGAAAUUCUAUUAUAGAAGCAUACAUUAGAGCAAAUCCACCUUUAUGAUAGAGAUUUUCUAUUUAAAAAGAAAAUAUAAAAAUAGGUUGACAAAAAACGAGUGGUAUAUAUAUAAAUGAAAAUAGGGAUGGGUUAGAAAUGGUUGUGUUAAAAAAAACAAAAGUUGGCUACUUAGUUGACAGCUUGGAACAUCGCUUCUGCAUAUAAAUAAGAUGACCAUUUAACUUCCUCUACAGCGGCUUGGCAACACAGCAAAUUAUUAUAUCACACUUUAAGAUUAUGUAAAACUGUUAAGCAAAAAAAAAAGAUUAAUGUAAGACAAUUUUAAAAUAUAAUAGAAACAAAAUAAUAUGGUCAUAUAUUCAGGAGAAGUACCUUGUAAUAGUAAUGGAAAAACUCAGUCUUAUGCCUUGCAGUGCAAGGUUGAAUCGGUAGGGCAAAAAGCCAUAUAUAACUCACAGUCACACUCCAGCGACACGACGUCGUUUUCGCCAUAAUAAUGACCAAUCAAAAAAACAGCAGGCGUAACGCUACGCAAAUACACAAUCAAACCGGAGUAAACCUACGUGACUACACAAUCAAACCGGGGUGAACUUUUCUGAAUGAGCAUAACCGUGUUUAUAUAUAAUACACACACACAAGAGUCAGAGAGGCUUGGGUCACAAGGAACGUAGCCAGAGCAGUUUCAGUUUCAGUUCUCCAUCUCUCCCUCUCUCUCUCUCUCUCUCUUUCUCCGAUUAGGGCUUUGCUACUUCUUCAACACUACAACUCUGUGAGCGAGUGCGUCGGUGUUCUUUCUUCUUUCGAUAGUCAUGGUUGCUGAUUCCAUCACCGACGAUUCUCAACUCUCUCAUGGCUCUCCGAUCACGAGAGAUGUCUUCAAGAAACGAAAGGCGAAUAUGUUAAGGAAGCUGAAACAUGAGUGCAAGGUUGAUGGUGCUCGCCGUCAACAACGGACUGUUGAAGACGACGAUGAGACUGUUGUUCUCUCUGGCAACUAUAGCGAUGAUGAUUACAGCGACGCCUUAAGCAUGUUCAACGAAGAAGAAGAUCCAAGCGAGAGUAACAACAAGUCUACUUCUACAACUGAAAAGCCAGAACCUCCUUCACCAGAAGAAAAGGCUACCGAUGGGGAGAAAGAAGGUGGUCUUUGUCCCCUUUGCGCUGAAAAGAUGGAUGCAACGGAUCUACUCUUCGAACAAUGUGCUUCUUGCGAGUAUAAGAUGUGUCUCUUCUGCUAUAACAAUAUCAAUGAAAGCACCCGAGUUUGCCCAGGUUGCAGGAAGAAGUAUGAGAAGCAGACAAGUGGUAACAGCGGAGAAGUGAGUUUCCAGCGACGUGGUGGUGACCCAAUCCCUUUGUCUUCAUCGUUUCAAGCACUUAAUGAUAGUGCUUAAAAGAUCGAGAGAGAAAGAAGAUUAUGGAGAAAAGAGAGUUUCAAUGAAACGUCAAUAGGUUUUUCUCUUUUUUUUUUGUUUGUUGCCUUAGUGUGUCCCAGUUUCACCAGGAACAAUAGCUUUGUGGGUUUUUGUUUAGGUUAUCUCGGAAAAUAUCAUUCCAUUACAUACGCUGUGAAUCAUGUACAUAGAAAUAAAACCAUGUUACAGUGUUCUCUAUUAUUCAAUUCAGGAAAUGGUUAUAUGGAUAUAACAAAAACAGAGGAAAUGAUUGGUUCUUAAAUGAAGUUGUGAGCAAUGAGUUAUGUAUUUGGCUUUGUGUGUUGUUACUUGUCACUCACAUUUGAAUUUUGAGUUGACCUGUUGUGAUUUUGAUGGUACUUUCCAGAAGCUUGUAGACAUUAUCUGCACUGGAUUCUUCAAAUUGGUUGAGAAGGGAAGGGUGGAAAUAUUAUGAUUAGAAUGGAUCAGAACACUGUCUUUGAAACUGCCAAACUAAACAAGUGUUUUAUUAUCUAUCAUAAGCCAAAACUUCAGUGCCUUUUACAGUAGCUGUGACCGAGUAUAGGUGAUGGUACUAUCUGAUACAAAGUUGGAUGUAAAUUAUAAAUGUGAAUGAGUUCACCAGUAAACAUCAAAUCUUGGGGGGAGAUGGUAUUGGCUCCCCUUGGGGUUGGUUCCUUUUUCUCCAAUUACAAGAUUAUCUCAUCUUGAACACUGACGUUGAGAGUCUUGUUUG